CCGGGCCGUCGGGGAUUGCGGUGCAGCCAUGGCGGCGGCGGCGGGGGGCGAGAGCAGGCCUCGCACCUCCCCGAAGUCCGUCAAGUUUUUGUUCGGGGGCCUGGCCGGUAUGGGGGCCACUGUGUUCGUGCAGCCCCUGGACCUGGUGAAGAACCGGAUGCAGCUGAGCGGCCAGGGGGGCAAGAGUCGUGAGUACCGGACCAGCUUCCACGCCCUGACCAGCAUCCUGCGAGCCGAGGGCAUCCGGGGCAUCUACACCGGGUUGUCGGCCGGCCUUCUGCGCCAGGCCACCUACACCACGACGCGAUUGGGCAUCUACACGGUGCUGUUUGAGCGGCUGACGGGCACGGACGGCACGCCCCCCAGCUUCCUGCUCAAGGCCAUCAUCGGCAUGACGGCCGGGGCCACCGGCGCCUUCGUGGGCACCCCCGCCGAGGUCGCCCUCAUCCGCAUGACGGCCGACGGACGGCUGCCGGUGGCAGAACGGCGUGGCUACCGGAACGUGUUUGACGCCCUGAUCCGGAUCGUCCGGGAGGAAGGCGUCCUCACCCUCUGGCGGGGCUGCAUCCCCACCAUGGCCCGAGCUGUCGUGGUCAACGCCGCCCAACUGGCCUCCUACUCCCAAUCGAAGCAGUUCCUACUGGAUUCAGGCUAUUUCUCCGACAACAUCCUGUGCCAUUUCUGCGCCAGCAUGAUCAGCGGCCUGGUCACCACGGCUGCCUCGAUGCCCGUAGACAUCGUCAAGACCAGGAUCCAGAACAUGAGAAUGAUUGACGGGAAGCCAGAAUACAAGAACGGACUGGACGUGCUGGUCAAGGUGAUCCGCUACGAGGGCUUCUUCAGCCUGUGGAAGGGUUUCACUCCCUACUACGCGCGCCUCGGCCCUCACACCGUCCUCACCUUCAUCUUCCUGGAGCAGAUGAACAAGAUGUACAAGACGCUCUUCCUCAGCGGCUGAGCCCCCCCCCGGGGGUGGGGCUGAAUUGGGGGGUCCAGGGGAGAGGGUCUUGAGGAGGAUGGGGCCAGGGGAGAGCGAGCCAGGCCUUCCCCCACCCCCUGCCCGUCUCACCAUGGGCCUGGGAAUCUGCUCCCUCCAGGCCCCGCCCCCGUGGCCCUAUUUAUUACUCCUGCUUGUCCCCCACUUCCCCCCCAACCCGGCCUGGGCUCCUUUCCCAUAAAGGACCUUGGUCACACCCGGCCCAGCCUCCACCUCUGUUCCCCCUGCCCAACACAGACCUCUCUUCUCAGCCCCAUGUGACCUCUGCCCGUUGACCCCCUCAGACUCCAAAUUGUGCCAGGAGUGGGGUGAGGAGAAAGGAAUAGCCCAGAGGGAGCACAGCUGGGCCAUGGCACCGCCCAGAAAGGUGCCCGGUCCUGGGCUCUACCCCCUCUAGCCUUGACAGAGUCCACCCAUCCCAUUCCUAUCCCCCACUGAGCCUAGCCCAGCUACUGUUAUCCAGCUGGGGUCCAUCCAUCAGUGGUAUUUAUUGAGCGCUUACUGGGUUGUAGAGUACUGUACUAAGCGCCUGGGAGAGUCCAGUACAACUGAGAGGGUAGCUACGUUCCCUGCCCACAAGGAGCUUACCGUCUACGAGGGGAGACGGACUUUAAAAUUUAAACCCGAUUUUGAUUAGUCCCCCUAUCCCGAGUGAACCCUCCGCCCGUUUUUCUGGUGAAAUGAGAUUUCCAUUAAUCUAAUUAA